AUGUGCCCCUGGCCUGCAACCACGCGGCUAACCGCCGCAGAUACAUCCACCUUCAGGAAGAGUACAUCAAGGACGAGCAGCGGAGUCUGAAGCGCGAGCUGGUCAGGGCACAGGAGGAGAUCAAGCGCAUCCAGAGUGUCCCUCUUGUCAUAGGCCAGUUCAUGGAGGCCAUUGACCAAAACACCGGCAUCGUGCAGUCGUCGACCGGCUCCAACUACGUCGUCCGCAUCCUCUCCACCCUCGACCGUGAACUCCUCAAGCCAUCGUCGUCGGUCGCCCUCCACCGCCACUCAAAUGCCCUUGUUGACAUAUUGCCUCCCGAGGCCGACUCGUCCAUUGCCAUGCUGGGCCAGGACGAGAAGCCCGACAUCACAUACGCCGACGUUGGAGGCUUGGACAUGCAGAAGCAGGAGAUUCGCGAGGCCGUCGAGCUGCCCCUCACACACUUUGACCUGUACAAGCAGAUUGGUAUCGACCCGCCCCGCGGUGUGUUGCUUUACGGACCCCCGGGUACCGGAAAGACCAUGUUGGUCAAGGCUGUCGCCAACAGCACAACCGCUUCGUUCAUUCGCGUCGUAGGAUCCGAGUUUGUGCAAAAGUACCUGGGCGAGGGCCCGCGUAUGGUCCGCGAUGUCUUCCGAAUGGCGCGCGAGAACUCGCCAUCCAUCAUCUUCAUCGACGAGAUUGACGCCAUUGCUACCAAGCGUUUCGACGCGCAGACGGGUGCCGACCGAGAGGUGCAGCGUAUUCUCCUCGAGCUGCUCAACCAAAUGGACGGUUUCGACCAGACAUCCAACGUCAAGGUCAUCAUGGCCACCAACCGAGCCGAUACGCUAGAUCCCGCGCUGCUCCGACCGGGUCGUCUGGACCGCAAGAUUGAGUUUCCCUCGCUGCGGGACCGUCGUGAGCGCCGCCUCAUCUUCUCCACGAUUGCUGGCAAGAUGAGUCUGUCGCCCGAGGUCGAUCUCGACAGCUUGAUUGUCCGCAACGAUCCCCUAUCCGGUGCCAUUAUCGCCGCCAUUAUGCAAGAGGCCGGUCUGAGGGCUGUCCGCAAGAACAGGUACAACAUCAUCCAGAGCGAUCUCGAGGAGGCAUACACCAGCCAGGUCAAGGGAGCAACCGAAGCAGACAAAUUCGACUUUUACAAGUAAGCUUGUCCAUGUCCGAGGGAGUGUAAUGGGGGAGGGUGGGACGAGGCACCGCACAAGUGAACAGCAUUGUACACUAUGAUAGACUAGGCCUCCUUUUUGGGGGGGUAGGGGGGCGUCUAAUCUUGAUGACAUGGCAGAAUGCCUAUCACAACCCCACGUACUUUUGAAUAUGCAAUAUAUAACGUGAAGUGAAGAGG